UUUGUACAAAAGUUCAAGACAAGUUUCGGUAGCCGCAAAAACUACAUACACAAAGGAAUAGCUGCCGCAUCAUGAAAACUCAUUUCGCUCUUGCCUGUCUGGCCGUUUUGGUGGCCACCAUCGGUGCUGCCAAAAUUCAACCAUCGGUUAUACAAGUUAAUAAUCAACUUUAUCAACGCUAUGUCUGCGUUCAUAAAGCCAACGGUUUCCGUGCCUUAGUCCCGGGAAGUUGUUCCCAGUACUAUGAGUGCCAAUCUGGCGUUGCUUUGAUCAAUACCUGCUCACGUUUCUUUGAUGCCAAGGUCCAAGGAUGUGUUAACUACAACACUGGAUGCAUUGAGGUCAAGCAAACAUCAGCUGUUAAGGUGAAUGCUGCUGCUUCUGCAACUGAUUGUGAGACAACCACAGCAUGUGCCACAGCUGACACCACGACAACCACCUGCAAACCAAAUGAAGCAGAACCAACAACAACAACAUGCACAACACCUACGACAACCACUUGCAGCACGGAAUCCACAACAACCACCUGCAAGCCAAAUGAAACACAACCCACAACAACAACAUGCACAACACCUACGACAACCACUUGCAGCACGGAAUCCACACCAACCACCAGCAAACCAAAUGAAACACAACCCACAACAACAACAUGCACAACACCUACGACAACCACUUGCAGCACGGAAUCCACACCAACCACCAGCAAACCAAAUGAAACACAACCCACAACAACAACAUGCACAACACCUACGACAACCACUUGCAGCACGGAAUCCACACCAACCACCAGCAAACCAAAUGAAACACAACCCACAACAACCACUUGCAAACCAAAUGAAACACAACCCACAACAACAACAUGCACAACACCUACGACAACCACUUGCAGCACGGAAUCCACACCAACCACCAGCAAACCAAAUGAAACACAACCCACAACAACAACAUGCACAACACCUACGACAACCACUUGCAGCACGGAAUCCACACCAACCACCAGCAAACCAAAUGAAACACAACCCACAACAACCACUUGCAAACCAAAUGAAACACAACCCACAACAACAACAUGCACAACACCUACGACAACCACUUGCAGCACGGAAUCCACACCAACCACCAGCAAACCAAAUGAAACACAACCCACAACAACCACUUGCAAACCAAAUGAAACACAACCCACAACAACAACAUGCACAACACCUACGACAACCACUUGCAGCACGGAAUCCACACCAACCACCAGCAAACCAAAUGAAACACAACCCACAACAACAACAUGCACAACACCUACGACAACCACUUGCAGCACGGAAUCCACACCAACCACCAGCAAACCAAAUGAAACACAACCCACAACAACCACUUGCAAACCAAAUGAAACACAACCCACAACAACAACAUGCACAACACCUACGACAACCACUUGCAGCACGGAAUCCACACCAACCACCAGCAAACCAAAUGAAACACAACCCACAACAACAACAUGCACAACACCUACGACAACCACUUGCAGCACGGAAUCCACACCAACCACCAGCAAACCAAAUGAAACACAACCCACAACAACCACUUGCAAACCAAAUGAAACACAACCCACAACAACAACAUGCACAACACCUACGACAACCACUUGCAGCACGGAAUCCACACCAACCACCAGCAAACCAAAUGAAACACAACCCACAACAACAACAUGCACAACAACCACCUGCAAACCAAAUGAAACACAACCCACAACAACAACAUGCACAACAACCACCUGCAAACCAAAUGAAACAGAACCCACAACAACAACAUGCACAACCACAACAGUUUGCGCCGAUGUCACUACGACAACAGUUUGCGCCGAUGUCACUACAACAACAGUUUGCGCCGAUGUCACUACAACAACAGUUUGCGCCGAUGUCACUACGACAACAGUUUGCGCCGAUGUCACUACGACAACAGUUUGCGCCGAUGUCACUACAACAACAGUUUGCGCCGAUGUCACUACGACAACAGUUUGCGCCGAUGCCACUACAACAGUUUGCCCCGAUGCUGCAUCGCAGAAGGUGAAGCCUCUGUCCGUUAAGGUCAGACCCGCCCGUCCUUCAUUGAAACGUCCUGUCUCUGGGGCCGCUACUGUUGUAGCUCCCCAAGCAGCAACCAACAGCAUGUCCGCCUACACGAACUAUGUGUGCCGCGACAAACCCGAUGGUUUCAUGUUGGCUUCCCUGAAGAGUUGCAACGACUACUACAUCUGUCGCUAUGGCAAGCCUCUGCAGGUCAGCUGCGGUGAUAAGUACUUCAAUGCAUUGAAGGGUAUGUGCGAUCUGCCUGAGAACACGCGUUGCGUGCAGCCUCAUGCCUAGAUAUUGCAACAUCUAAAACAUUUGCAUCAGACCCCACCAUGAUUUACAAGCCUAAUUGAAAUUAUUGAAUAUUAUACCUAAUAAAUGCAACAGCUAAUACAAGCUAUAGAAGUGUA